AUGUUUUCUAAUGCAAUUAAAUUAGAAAAUUUAAAUGAUUAUUAUAAUGAUAGUGAAGAAUGUAUAAAACCAUUUUUAUAUAAUUCUGAUAUAGUUAAUGAAAAUAAACUAGAAAGGCCUAAUUUAAUUAAUAUAAAUAAAAAAAAUAAAAAAAAUAAAAAUGAUAGAGGUGAAAUAUCAUUAACAGACUGUUUAGCAUGUAGUGGUUGUGUUACAAAUGAAGAAACAAAUUUUUUAAAAAGCCAAAACUCACUUGAAAUUUUGAAUAAUUUGAAGAAAAAGAAGAUUAACAUAAUUUCAUUAUCUUUGCAGAGUUUAACAGCUUUAUCAGUAUAUUAUAAUUUACCUUUAUCUACAACACAAAAUAAAUUAUGCUUUUUUUUAAAAUCGCUAAAUUUUAAUUAUGUAUAUGACUCUUCAUUGAGUGAAUUGAUAGCAUUAAAUGAAUCAAAAAAUGAAUUUAUCAAUUUUUUUUAUAGAAAUAACCCAGAAUUACAUAAAGAAAUUGAUAGUACAUUAAAUGAUAUGUUUGAAAAUGACAAAAAUAAAAAACCGAUUAACGAAUUUAAAUAUAUGCAAAGUAAGUUGAAGGAAAAAUUAAAAAAAAAUAAUGACAAAUUUUACGAAAAGCAGUACUUAAAUAAGAAAUAUAGCAAUUAUGACAAUAAGAAUGCUAAAGAAAAACAAUAUUACAAUAGUAGAAAUUAUAGUAACAAUAGUAAUACAAUAAUGAAUGAUAAUAAAUACAGAAUUGAUCAUAUAAAAGAUGAAAUUAAAGACUCCAAUUUAUAUCCCUUAAUUUGCUCUCAUUGUAGUGGUAGCGUUAUAUAUGGAGAAAAGAAUUUUGAUGAAGAACUAUUAAAUUCAUUCAGUAAGAUAAAAAGUAGUCAAGAUAUUCAAGGAAUUAUUGUGAAAAUUCUACAUUUGCAAAAAGGUUUAUACUGUGUUCCUUUAAUAAAUAAUUACUUUUUUGACAGUUUUUUUAAAUCAUACAAUUAUAACUUAAAAUUUAUAAAUAUUUUCAGAAAACAUUUUUUAAAAGAUAAUAAUAUUUUUAAAACAAAUAUAGAUAAUAAUAAUUUUAUAAAUAAUGAUAACAAUAAAUUAUCCAAAGAUCCUUCUCUAAGUAUUUAUGAUAUUAAUCAUGUUUAUUUAUUAUACUGUUUUGACAAAAAAUUAGAAGCUCAUAGAAAUAACAUAGAACAACAAAAAGAGAUAGAAAAAAACAUAGAAAGAUACUUAUCUCAUUUUAUUCCCAAUAUAAAUAGUUCAAAAAACAAUGAAAAUUACAUGAACAUAAAUUCAAAAAAUAAAUUUUAUUGUGUAGAUGCAGUUCUAACAACAGUAGAAUUAAUAGAAUUAAUAAAAAGUAUGAAUAUAGAUUUCUAUACACUACCUGAAUUAUCAAUUGAUAAUAUUUACAGUAUUUUAAAAGAAACGAACGAUAAAAUAAAAAAAAAAAAUAUAAAUGAAAUAAAUAGUGAAAGUAAUAUAGAAAAAAAUAACAAUGAAAAUAAAAAUAUAUUCAUAAAUGUAAAAUUACAAAAAGAAAAAGAGGAAAAAAAGGUAAAUGGUAAUAAUUUUUAUAAGCAUAAAAAAACAAAUGAAAAUAUAACAGAUUCAAAAGAAAAAAGUAUUCAAGAAACAUUAGAAUAUGAGAUUUGCAAUAUGGAAUACUUUACAGAAAAAAAUACAGAACUUAAAUUUAUUUAUGAUCAAAUUUCUAAUUAUUCUAUUAGGUGUAGUAAUAAAAAUAAUAUUUCAAUGGGAUAUGGAGAAGAGAUAUUUAAGUUUGUGUGUAAAGAAGUUUUCAAUUUUAACAUUGAUGAAAAUAAUUUUAAUUUGAAAUAUGAUGAUAUAAUUGUAUUAUCUCUUUUUAAAAACAACAAAUGCGUAUUUAGAGUUGUUCUCUCAUAUGGUUUUAAGAGCAUGCAUAAGGUUAUAAGAAAAUUAAAGGAAAACAAAAGUAAACAAGAAGUUUAUGAAAAUCAAAUGAAUAAAGAUGAUACAUAUCAAAUUAAAAUUAUAUAUAAUCUUAAUUUUUCUGGUAGAAUUGAUUAUGUUGAAUUAAUGGCUUGUGAAAAAGGUUGUCUGUUCGGAUGUGCACAGAAUAUUUUUGUUGAGAAUCCUCAAAAUUUUUCUAGUUGUUCAUGUCACAAUUUCAAUAUUUUUAAGAAAAUAAAUAAUGAACAAAUUAUUGAAAAUUUUGAUUUUCUUUUUUCAGAUAAUUAUUCUACAAAAGAAGAAAACAAUUUUAUAUGUUCUAGUGAAAUACAUAAAGAAUCUUAUUUUGAUAAAAAAAAAAAUAAUGAGAAAUAUGAUGAAAAAGAAAAAAAUAAACAAGAAACAUUAUUUGAAAAAAAUGAUAAAGAAAAACUAUUUAAAAAUUUACAUGAAACAAUGCAUAAUAACAAAUUUACUUUAUAUAUAAACUCCGAUAAAUGCAAAAAUGAUUAUAAUGUUAAUUUUUUUUUAAAAAAUAUUUUUUAUAUUUUUAAUACAAACACCUUUCAUUUAUUUAAAGGUACUUUUUCUUCAAAGAAAAAAUUAGAUAUAAUAAAUUGGUAA